GUAAUGCAUGCAAUUCAACAUCAUUAUGGUGAAACAGCGAUACGUGGUAAAUUUCAAGAAUAUGUUCAGCGUUUCGUACGACUAACGGCUUUAUAUGAAGUUGAAACUUUUGGAUCAACUAAAAUUGGAAUGAUGCCUGAUGAUACGGAUUAUCCGAAAAUACUUGGUACAGGUCUAGCAUUUCAAGAUGAAAAUUCAAGGCUUAGAGAAGUUGCAGCUAAUGUUAAUAGGAUCGAAGGAUGGAGGCAGACCAUUAGUUAUAAAUAUUAUCAGUUGGAUUUCCAAAAUUAUUUGAAAACCCGGAAUAUAAAAUCAUUUGAUGUACAUCAUCAAGUAUCAAAAUUAAAAAUGUUAAGAAAUAUGUCGGAACAAGAAGUUGAAACUUUAUAUAAAGCUUUUGUUAACAGUAUUUCUACUGAUGAACAAAUUAUUGAGUUCUUGUCAUUUCUGCCACAAAAUCAAGGGGGAUUAUUUCCAAUUGGAUUAGGUCUAUUUGAUUCACUUAAGAGUGUAAGAGAUAAUACAAUUGAAUUGUUCAACAGGCUUAAUAAUCAUGCCACCGGAAGUAAAUUUAUACAGAGUUUAAAUUGUUUUCAAAAAUUGGCGUAUGAAAGACAGCUUAAUCAAAGACGGGAAAGACAGCAACAAUUAGAAUUUGCUAAUAAGCUUGCACAAUCUAAUGAUUCUAAUGAUGAGGGCAUGGAAUCUUAA